AUGGAAAAAAGUACGCAGCUACCCAGACAUUGCCCCAACACCAUCUCCGAAAUACCCUAUAACGAACAACCCCCUUUUCAUAGCAGGGAAAAGGGGCUUCCAAUUGAAACCAAUGGGAGACGACCAACGGAAGGCACAUCUGACACUAGACGAGGUAGUGAGAGAGGGGGGAGUGACGCCAAUCACACUACUGACAGAAGGGAAAGACCCAUCCCUUAUGCAGAGAUUUCAGUACGCACAAAUGCGACAUUUCUUGACUGCACAGGGCUUAUCACAUUGGACUCCAAGGGACAGGACCAAAUUUGAACUAUUAUGCUCGGGAGAAAAAACGCCUCACAAGCCAACAUCCCUCUGCUAUAAACUGUUACAAACCCAGACGUGUACUCAAUUACCGUACUUUACCAGAUUAUGGAGGGACCACUUAGGCAAAGAUUUAGAAGUAGGAGACUGGAAGAAUAUCUUCCAAACGAUCUUCCACGCACACUCUAGCAUACCACUACAGGAGAUUAACUAUAAAUUCAUCUCCAAGUGGUAUACCACCCCGGUGGAUGUUCACAGAUUCGACUCCAACUCAUCACCAAUGUGCUGGAGAUGCAACUCAGAUAAGGGCACCUUCCAACACAUAUGGUGGACAUGUGAGGAGCUAUCGGGCUUCUGGAAAGAAGUCUGGACCACGGUCAAUCUAAUAACAGACACGCCCAUACCCUACAACCUAGAGGCACUCCUACUACUCCACUUCGAAAUACCACACCGUAAAUUCAAACAUUCCCUCGUUUACUUUAUGCUGACAGCGGCAAAAAGUUCGAUAGUGAACCACUGGAAAUCGGCGAUCCCGCCCUCUAAAAAAGACUGGUUUCAAAGAAUAGAACAUUUUCAUGAGAUGGAGGAACUAAGAUGGGGAUCGUUAGACAAAUAUCACAGAUACAAAGACAUAUGGCAACCCUGGAAAGAAUUGCUAAGAGGUAGACAGGCUGACUAAACUAAAUAACCAUCAUAUCUGCCUAAGAGGGGGGGAAGCUAACUAGGAAAGGGACAAGGAACAGGGCCAGGGGGUGGGACAGAGGGUGCACGGGGGGUCCUUUUCUCCGCCUCUGGCACAACAAUCUAACUACCUGGGUAUAACAGGCUGAACCACAGUGAUACCCAGAACGACAUACCACAACUCUUGGACGCAUGUUAUACCGCACACACACACAUAGGAAUCAACGGCCAAGGCGGCAGGUUUACCGUGACAGAUAUGAAACCAAUGUGUAUCCUAGGCCAAAUAAAAUUGUUACUGAGAAUGUCAUACUUGUAUUCAGUGCUGCGAUGUUGCGAUAUUUUAUCUCUUCUUCUUCUUCUUUCUUUUUCCUUAUAACACUACGUUUUGUGUUACUACAAUGUUAUAAUACAAUGUCUUACCUUACUCCUGAAACAUGGAGACAUGCACUCAAAAAAUCCAAUAAAAAUAAAAUAUAUAAAAAAAAAACAAAAAAAAAAAACAAUACAAAGUAAUGUAGAUUGUAAAUACUCACAUACAUGGAGCUAAAUCUUUACAUAUGGCUCUCAUGGGUAGUGCAGAGGGACUCUUAAUAGGAUGUCCCCAAUCCUUCUUCCAGCUGAUCUCUGUGUAGCCUGCAGCAAUGAUGGAAUGAGAGAUCCAAAGAAGCUUCAUUGGAUUUAAUAGAAUAAUACAAUAAACUAUGUACAAAAGUAAAAAAUCAUCUGCCAAUAAACAAAAAGUCUGAGAAAGUGCAAAAAGGUCAUCCUAUUAAGAGUCCCUCUGCACUGGCCAUGAAAGCCAUAUGUAUAGAUUUGGCUCCAUGUUUGUGAGUAUUUGCAAUCUACAUUACUUUGUAUUCUUUUAUUGGCAAUAUUGCACCAUGUUUUGUUUCUGACUUAUUGCCUAGAGGUAAAUUCCUUACAGACCAUACACUACUAACCACUGUGUUGUUCUUCCACUGUAUCUUUCUUGACAGGAAGAAUACAACCAUUCUAUAAGUGGUGAUCCUGUUUCUCUGACUAUAAUAUCCAAAGGGAUCAUAUGGGCCACAACUAACCUGCACUAUAAGGACUGCGUGUCUUAUGCCGUAAACAUUUCCUUGACAGAUGGGAGCAGAACAAACUACUCUACAGUUUAUGUUAAUUCCACUGAUACAAAUGAUACAAGAAACAUGUUUCACAUUAAAAACACCACCAUUCAUGUAAAGGAAAAUGGUGACCUUAUACAAGUUUUUGUGAGUGCAAAUGGAGCUUUUGAUCAUUUUGAUGUUUUGGUAUUAAUUGAUUCUGAAAUAGUAAGCGAAAAACUAACUAUUCUGCCUUUUUGUGCCCAAUGCUUGAUUGAUACUUCUCUUGAUAGGGGAGAGACAAAACUCGAGAACUUGAAAAUCCAUGCUGAGAACAAACUCCCCUUAACAUCACAUUCAACUUCAUUAUGCAACAAUAGUGGAUUAAAUGAUAAUUUCACAACGUUCCUAUUAAGCAAAUAUGAAGUUUCAAUAUCAGAAAAUAAAACCAUCGGGACAGCAUUGUUUAAUGUCUCUGCUGUUGGCAUAGAUUCUGGGAUUGAUACCACGUUAACCUACAAAAUUAUUGAUCAACAACCUUUCUCUCGCUCUGAUAUAUUUGGCAUUAAUUCUUCCACUGGACAAAUAGUUUUGUUAAAACCACUAAAUUACGAGAGGCAGAAACAUUUUGACAUUGUGGUUCAGGGAUCUGUGAGUAAUUCUUCAAGAAUGACGAGUAUAACGACUGUACGAAUCAAAGUGUUAAAGAUCAAAGACAAUUAUCCCAAAUUUAGCCAGGCUUUAUACAAUGUUUCUGUUCCAGAGAAUUUACCAGUCGGUAGUAUCAUCUGCAUACUAAAUGUGACUGACAUGGACAAGGUAAGCCGCAUUUACAAUUAGGAGUGAUAGUGGAAAAAAUAAGUGUUUUAAAUAAAAGUAGAGGAACCUGUGUAUUUUGACAACAAAAAAAAGUACCUGUUAAAGUAAUGAUUUCUCUUUAAAUUGAUCUUAAACAAAGUUUUAAAGAAAUUAUGUGUUUAUUAUAAUGAUCUCAUAUUUACACCAAUGAGAACAGCCAUGUUAUAUAACUGUCACACAAUGUCGAUAAGUACCUUCUUGUUAAAGGUUUAUCCAAGCUCCAUAACCACUUAAAAGAUUUAAAGUAUUUAUGCUACUAGAAAUCAGUACAAAGCGCUGCACAUGCAGACAUAUUUAACCCCUUAAGGACACAUGACAUGUGUGACAUGUCAUGAUUCCCUUUUAUUCCAGAAGUUUGGUCCUUAAGGGGUUAAAGCGGCCCUGUCAUUUUUUUGUUUUGGUUUUCCUUUCCCUUUUUCUUCCUGUAUUAUAUUACCACCACCCUUGCCAUUUGCCUUUAUUUAUAUUUAUUAUCAUGUCUUCCUUGUGCCAGAUCUCAAUAUCUGGGUGCAGCCAUUUUGUUCUCCUCUCCCCACGAUGUCUGCUGUGUACCCUUAUGUGGGAUUGAUUUUACUAAAGAAUUGUGGGUAAAUUUGAUUGUUUGCUGAAAUAGAACCUUGCUGUAAUCUCUGCCCAUUGUCAAGAUUUCUCAACUUGACUGCUGUACAUGAAGAGAAAUAGUCCCUACUUUUCUUUAUGUAUAUUAUGAAAACUAGAGUGCUCAGGGGAAAAACGUGAUUUAGACUCAAGGAGCGUUAUUGAAGUAGAUCACAUGAAGUUUAUUUUUGAUGACAGAUUUGCUUUAAUAAUACUGCCAGUGAUGUAACUCAUCAUUAUUACGUCAUUAGCCAGCCCAGCCCUGGCUAAUAACAAUUUUGUGCAUAUUCUAUGGACAGAGUGUCAUUUAAUUACUGAAAGCCCCCAGGUGACAAUCUUAGCCAAUGAAUGACUAGUGGGAUUGGCAUCUGGCUUUUGGUGCUCUAUAGAAGGUGGAUGUGUGUCACUGGCUUCAGAGGUGUAGCAAGGUCAUGAGACAUCUAUAUUACUCCAGUACGGGGCUGAUGAUUUUUCCAUUAUGACAACUAGCCACCGGGGUAUUAAGACAUGAUCCUGGCUGCCUUGAGUUCUGUUCAUAAUGUGUGGGGGAAAUGGACUUUUGUAGCUCUUCACACCUCUCCACUCUAAGAACUGGUCCCUAUAGUAGAACUGGUCUCCAGUAGUGGGGAAGUAGGAACUUCUUCCUACUUCCCCUCUACGAGUGGAACAGUUUCCUGGAAACGUAUGCCCUGUGGAGCCCCCUCAUGAAGACACUAGGUGACAUUUGUCUCUCUCUGCCCCCCUUCACUAUGCUACUGCUUCAGAGGAAACCCAGUGCCUGGCACGGAUCCGAUAAAGGGACAAAUCAUUGCAAAUUAUUUUGCCCCAUUACCAGGGAACAGCUCCACUGCAUUCCUGGCAUUAUAACCAUUAAAGCAGCAGUAGGGGUUAUAAUGUUUCCUUUUCUGGAAGCCAUAGCAAGAGAAGGAAAUAGAAGGGAGUUCGAUUCAGGACAGGAAAGUAAGUGUACAUGUAGUAUUUGUUAUUGAUCAGCUAUUGGUUACAGUGUUACUUUGAAGUUCAGAAUCAUAUCUACAGAACUUUGACUUUUAAAUUGUUGUGAAAGUAACACUCUAACAUAAAAAUUUAAUAUAUUUGUUUUAAACGUUAGAGAGUUUCUUUUUUAGUAAAGAAUAUGGGCCCCUCCAAGGAAUUAAAAAUAUAUAUAAUUAAAAUUUUCCUGUAAUCUAGCACCAGGACUGUGUACCCCCUGCAGCCUGGUCUGCUUUGAGCUAAUCUCUAGUCCAAUCCAAUGCUUCUUAUAAAGCAAGGCAAUCACCGCAAUCCGCCAAUCAAAUGCUUUUCAAAGAAAAGCACUGAAUCAAAUAUUUUUUUCUAUGAGAAGCAUUAUCCAUGUGCGACAUUAUCAUGCUUUGUGCGAUGAAGCUGAAGAUGGAGACUUGUUUGCUGUUUCUCAGAAAAUGGACAGCACCUGUGCACUAAAACUCCUGCAUUAAGAUCUAACAUUCUUGGUGAUUAGGAAAAGUUGGUAGCCUGAUCUAUGAGCUCUUACCCAAUCCAUCUCUAAAAGCAUUCUUUUCUUCAAAGGACGGAUCGUUUAAUGGAUAUUUUACAAUAAAUAACACUAUGUUUAGUGUUGAAAAUAACGGAGUGAUAAACUUGGCAAACGGAGAGCUGGACAGAGAACACACACCUGAGAUUAUCAUGUUGGUAAGUCACUUGUCAUGAACAAUAUGGUAAAUUGAUUAACAUGUAAGUUGUUUUUAAGAGGUAAAUUCUGUGGCUAAAGUAGAGGUGUAUUCAUAAAACCCUAAGGUUUAACUUUCACUGAACAAAUCAGUUUGCUGUAGUGAGUUCCCAUUGGAUUUAAUGCUGUCUAGGCCAAGGAACUUUUGGUCGCCUAACUGAUGCUGGACAUCCUCAUGCUGUGCAUGAGAACAUCCAGCUUCAACCAAAACCUAUAGGAAUGCAUUAAACCAGGCCUGUACAUCCUGCGGCCCCCAGAUAUUUUGAACUACAACUCCCUGAUCUCCUGGCUAUCAGCACUGAUUUCCUGGCUAUCUGUUUCAUUCAAACAAAUCAUGGUCGUUGGCUCUCUGUUUUAUUCAAAGAAUCAUGGUCAUUGUAGUUUAAAAACAUCUAGGAUGUUGCAGGCUGUGUAGGCCUGCAUUAAACAAUACUUUCCUAUGGGCUAAUCCUAAUGCAAACGUGGCACUUGCCGCACAUGCACAUUAGGUCCCCCCCCCGCCGGCUGACGUCAGCUGAGGAGGAGUGGAGAUGCUGCCUCAACCAGCUCGAAGGGACAUCAGCGCUGGAAUAAGAUAAGGGUUUUUUAACCCCCUCUGCACCACGGGAGGGGGCCAUGAGUUACGGGGGCACUAUAGGGAGCUAUAGUGCUAGGUAAACAACUUUGGUUUCCUGGCACGAUGGUUUCCCUUUAAAGUUUUAAUGAAUGAAAUAAUUAAUCCCGGACAAUUCUCACUUUAUUGAAUAGCUGUGCAGGUGUAGUAAAGCCUCACUAUAUUUAUUUAUUUAUAAAAUAUUUUACCAGAAUGAAUACAUUGAGAUUUCUCUCAUUUUCAAGUAUGUCCUGGGUCUUUGUCCACAAAACAUUGCAUUGUUGCAAUAGGAUACAAUAUACAAACUAUAUAUACACACAAAUAUAAAUGUAAUAUGUCCUGACCCAUGAUUGUUAGCAGUAGUAGUACUAAUAAAGAGCAUAGGAAGUUUAACUAACUUUUUUUUUAUUAUUAUUGAAAAUCCCCACGAACAUAGACCUGCUUUCUAGCACACGUUUUCCCCCGAAAAUAAGCCCUAGUGUGUUUUUCGGGGGAGAAAUGAAUAUAAGACCCGGUCCUAUUUUGGGGGAAAGACCGUAUACCACAAAAGAAUGACAGAACAGGAGAUUAAGCCACCUGCAGGAAUCUAAGGAUACUUUCACAUACUGCAUUUAAACAAAUCCACUUAUAUACAUUUUUAUUUCAUAUCAGUGAAUUGGAAAGGAUUUUAGCAUUAAAUUGCCCUUUUUUGACAGGAAGAAAUCUAGUGGGAGGCAUAGAACGAGUUAUUAUUAAUUUCCCUCUUACAUAUGUUUUUCGCAUGAAUAACUUUAGUAGCCUCAUAUAUUUGACCUUUAUAAAUAACACUAAUAAUCAUUUAAAAUCAUUGAUAUAAUAUAAUACACUGACUCUAUAUACUCUAAUAAAUAAUUAUAUAUUUGCACUAUAAUGAAAAAUAAAAUGUAUGGGGGAUCUGUAAGCAGACAGUUAGACAUGAAGAUUAAAAGACAUUCUCUGGACUAUUUGUUUCAGGUCUGGGCAUUUGAUGCUGAAUCACGGGAGCUAGAUUCCAGUGCUCUUGUUACUUUGAAUCUACUUGAUGUGAAUGAUAACAACCCAGAAUUCCAAAGACAACAAAUUAUUUUCAGUAUACCGGAAGGAGAUUAUACGAGAGAUCCACCUAGAGUCCUCGGAGAAGUGGAAGUGAUGGAUUUGGACAUGGGGUUAAAUGGUGAAAUAAUGAUUAAUUCAUUCUCUGAAGAGGAAAACUUUAUUGUGCUGCAAGUAAGAAACGAAGAGAGAACAUGUACAAAAAUAAGGGAUUUAUUCAUAAACAGUGAAUUGAAAUUCAAAUGUAAAAAUUUAGGCAAGACUAGCAGAUAUAUAUCUAUAUAUGAAAAAAAAAAUCUCCAACUUACUAAUCAUUGUAAUUUAGACAGUAAACCUAUAGUAUAUAUAUAUAUUUGUAUAUAUUAUAUAUAUCUAGCCAUUUCCUACAGAAAUCUCACAUUUGCAGUGCUGUUGUUACCCCGAAGAAUUCUGGGGUAUUCGGGGCAAAUGAGUUCAACAAAGAACCACCUUUUUCAUUAAUUUUUACUGCAAGGCAUUCUGGGUGGGCAUAUGCAAAUAAGAUCAACAAAGAAUCACGUUAUUGCCUAAUUUAUUCCACUUUAUACAUGGAUUCCUUGGCUACAUGGACGUCUGCUGUAUACAACAGCUUUGAAACACAGAUCAGGAAGUGGUGCAAAGCUAGAUAACCACUCAUGGAUGGCCCUUGCAUUGUUAAUGCAACUCAUCAGCAUGAGGUUGGUUACAAGAUUGCAAUGGAGGCAUUACUGGAGCGCAAACCAACGUCCAUGCAUGAUUAUGUGAUUAUCUGGCUUUGCAUUCUCUUCCUGAGUUGUGUUUCAAAGCUGUUAUACAGCAGAUAUUUACUUCAAGGAAUCCAUGUAUAAGGUGGAAUAAAUUAGGCAAAAAAAUUGUUCUUUGUUGAACUAAUUUGCAUAUGCCCACCCAAAAUCCCUUGCAGUAAUAAGACCACAGAAAAUUAGAGAUUUCUGUGGGAAAAGCAAAGAUUGACUGGUGUGCAAAUCUGUUUAAAAAUGUAUUUACUAUCCACUGACUUGUAGUGGAAGAAGUUUUCGAUCACAUUUUCCCCACCAUAACUCCACUGGUUUGUGCUCCACAGCCUGGACACUGUCCAGGUUUAUGACGUCCAUUAAUUAUCAAUCAUAUAUAUUUUAUGUUUGGGAAAACACAUAUAAACCUAAUUCUCUACAUUUUUAUUUAUUUUAAAUCAUUAACUGCAACUGGCAGAACUAUUUGAAGUAGGAGCCUUCUUCUUAAAUUGCCAUACAGUGGGUAGUUAAAACAUAUAUUCAUAACGCUACAGUGUUCUAGUAACUACUUAGAUGACUGCCCCCUUCCUGUGAAAUAAAAACAAUUUUACUUACCUUAUUUUCUUCAGCACACCACUCUACGUGCAUUCAGCCCUCAUACCCGGCAGGGAUCCUCAAUCCUGAUGAUUUCAGCCAAACCAAUGACUUCCCAUAGGAAAUCAAUGAUAGGCUAGUCUAGUGCUGUGCCAAUCAGCAUCUCCUUAUAGAGAUGCUCGACAAGUCGACAAUCUAUGCAGUACUGAAUACAGUAGGUCCCCUUAAGUGGCUGUCCGAGUGACAGGCUCUAGAGUUGACUUUAGGGAGCAAUCAGUGAAAAUGUUACAAUGCAAUUAGUCUUCCUUUAACUACAUUUUCUCAGAAAGGGCAGUAUUUACACUACUUAACCUGUAGGGGCAAAAUCUAGACACCAGAACCACUAAAUUGAUCUGUAGUAGUUUUGGUGCGUAUAGGGUCCUUUUAAAGUCCCUGGCAGAUCAGAAGUCUCAAAAUAUUUUGGCAUAAAAUUAACAUUUUUGCUUGUAUUUGUCCACAAUUUCUUAUGCUAGUGAGUUGUUGAUAAUAUAUUUGACUUGGCUCAUAGUGUUGUUUUUUUCACUCACUGCUAUUUCUGUUUCUUUAGAAUGGGACAGUCCUUGUACAUGGAGUUCUGGACAGGGAGACUAAAGAUAAAUAUGUAAUAUCUUUACUAGCAUCAGACCUCGGGAAUCCCCCAAGAAAGGUAAUUGAAAGUCAUGAACACACACCUGAAUUAUUCAAUCAAGCUCUGUUAUUAAGAGUACAGAUAUAAUUGUUCCAUUUAUUAAAAACGAUGCAAAAGUAUAUCAACAUUAACCUUUUAAUAGCCAUUGCCCAUAACCAGUGAGCUAGUCAUAUGUUAAUGUAUUUUAAAGGGACACUGUAGGUACUAUAACCAUUGCAUCUCAUUGAAUCGUUAUAGCGUCUGGAGUCCCCUGGCUGACCCUCCAUUCAAUGUUUGAACCUUUAGAAUAACACUGAAUGAGGAUCCUUGGCUUCCCACAGCCCUGCCACCACUGAAGGAACACCUCCUUGUAGCCAUACUGAUUCAUACCUGCAAUGGCACUUUUUUAGGCUGAACGCAGUCAGCUGACACUCCCUGCCAAUCACAGCUGCCCAUAACUGAGCAGGCUAAAGCUUUCUCAUUAUCCCAAGCAGCACAGAGGGGAUGGACUGUUUGGGAGUCCUAUUUAGCAUUAAAACAUUAAGAUUGGUUUAAUACUGAAUGGAAAGACAGCAUCAGGGGACUCCAGACACUAAAAGCACCAGUGCAUGCUCAUCCAGUGUCUCUGUACUCUGUAUGGAGGAGUAAAAUUCUGGGGGAGGAGUCUGACGCUCCACCAUCUUAAAACUUCACCUGCUGCCACAGUCUGGUGCCUACAGUGUGCCUUUAAGUGAUUGUAGAGUUGUAAAUCACCGUACGUUGCUGUUCAACUGCCAGUCCUACUACUCUUUGAGUGGAACAGAUAUGAUCAGUCUCCUCUACGAUGUUUUCCUCCAUGCAAUUGCUCUGCGAAUGACUCAUGUGGAAGGAAACUGAGAAUCUUCCUAUUAUUAAUGGUUUUGAGUUUGCAUUUCGAGCCUCCCACUCAGUCAUAGCGUUUGGGAGUGAGAUGGGACCUUGGUAAGGAAAGAUUCGGGUACAGGCACUGAUAAUGUCUACCUACCAAUGUGAUCAUCACCAACUUAAUAGAUUCCUAGUGAUGUUUAUAAAUAUGCCAGUUUUAUAUUUGCUAGAAUUACGUUUAUUAUCUGUUUAUUGUUGUCAAAUGUGGAAUUUUCCUUCAAUAGAACUUUGCAGAGGCCCUGAUUCUCAUACAGGAUGUGAAUGACAAUAAACCUACAUUCACUCAGAAAGAAUACUUUGCACAUAUUCCACGUAAUAUGAACGAAGGAGAUCCAGUUAUUACAAUAUCUGCCACAGACCUGGAUAUUGGAGAUAAUUCACAGAUUUCCUACAGGUAAUAGACUUGCAGUUUUUUAUGGAUACAACAAAUAUGGAACGUUUAUUGUAAGUGGUAUAAAGUACAAACACAAGUCCUCAGGACCCCUCAGUUAUCAAUUUCUAGGAGUGUAGGAAGGUAGAAGAUAAAAUAAAGUUUUGUUAAUGUAGACUGAUGAGGGAAGCGUAAGCUGCAAUAAGCAUCAUUUCAUUAGGCAUUUUUUCUACUACUGGCCCGACUACCUUAUUAAAUAUAUAACUACAGUCAGGGACAGGUUUUUCCACAAGGCCUCUGGGCGGCAUGCAGGAAAAGUGUGGCAUGUCAUGUGGGGAGAUGAAAAAUUCUCCCUUUACGGCCAACCCAUUCUCAUGGAGUUGGGGCUGCCUCGAGAGCUUGCAGUUUGCACCACAAGAGGGUGCAGACCACAUAUAUUGCUCCUGCCUGCCACAGGUUAUCCUAGCAAUGCUCAAUAAGAAGGAGAACUGUAAGUGGUCUGCACCUUCCAGCCUCUAUCACUCCUCCAAUUCACACUACGCAAACAAGAGCCCUUACCUCCCCCUCAACAUACUCAACAGCCUUGCCCCAAUUGCACAAAUGACUCCUUAUCUCUCCCAAACAUACAGCCCAUAGUUCCCACACACAUGCGCUACAGCCCUAAAACUAUAAAUCCCACAGCGAAGAGCUUUAUAUUGUGAGAAUCACAAAAUCCAGACCUACAUUUUGAAGCAUAUUAUGUCUCUGAAAUAUUAAAAAUGAAGGCACAGUCGCAGUUUAGAAAUUGCCCUUCAAAUGUGAGCUUUGCAGAGUGGAGUUUCAAUGAAUGCCAAUGGACGGCGUGAGUUGCAAACAAAUGGUCAUAUUGUGAAAACUAUCAGGACUAUGGCUUAGCCGUGGACAAGUUUAGUGGCAGCAGGGAUAGCUGAACGUUUUGAUAUAAGAUUUGUGUAGGUGGGCUUGAAAAUGAGGGAGUGGUGGCAGUUUAGAAAUCAUGUCCUGAUUUUUCAGCUUUUGUCAGCUUCUCUAGUUUUGAACAUUUUGCCAUUCAUUCCUAUGGGACCAAUUUCGCCACAAGAACGAUGAUAUUCCUUGAAUCAUUCGGCGAAACGUUCCACAAAGUAAUAGCACACCAAUCGGGAACAAUCCGCACGUUUCGGUAUAUUACUGUCUAUGUAGUGUAAAAACUGUGGGAGGAGUUAUGGUGGUAAAUUUGGCUAUAAUAAGAAUAAGAAUAAUAUAUAUAUGAGAUAACAUUAAGUGGCCUUGCUAUGCAAGAACACUUAAUGAAUUGUGGAUACAAAGAUCAUAUAAGUAAUCUACUAAACUAUGUAACUGUAACUGUACUUAUUAUCAUGAACCAAUAUAAUAUUCAUACAGAGGAAUGGAAUGGUUAAAUAUAUUAACAUAUCAAAGGUUAAACAUAUAGGUCAUAUUUUCUUAUCAGAUUUUCACAGGACUACACUGGAUUCACCAUUGAUGAACAAACUGGCCAGAUAUUUAUUUCAAGUAGUUUAUCUGCUAUUACUCCUGAAUCAGUCCGACCAUUGCUUGUAAUAGCGAGUGAUCUUGGCACUCCAGCGCUGUCAUCCAGUGGUGAGUAGUGGUAACUACACAAGAAGGAGUACACUGCUAGUGUCUUACCAAAGAAGAAAACAGGUUUUCACUAAAUAUGUCUUAUAAGAGCAAAAAUAAAACAGGGCUAGGAACAGCAGCAGAGAUUAAAAAAUAAAAUAAAAAAACCCAUUUGAUUCAAUGCUACUAGCUACUGAGCUUUUUUUAAGGGAUCCUGCAAGACCACGAGAUCCUCCAUAGCCAAGAUUUUGCGAUUUGAGAGUAAAUGCCCAUUCUCACAGCCGUCACUAGCAGCAACUGUGAGAAAUGACACAAUUGACCACAAAACAAAACAGUCUGAUAUCUUUUUUUUUUUAAAUUCUUUAUUUUUGCAACGGUAUUGAGUAGACAAUGUGAAGGAUUUGGCUCGUGCAAGAGCUCAAUGGCGUUCCAAGAAGUGAGUUUAGUAUAUAAACAUGCCAAAGUACAUAUGAAGAGUGUCUCAGGUAAUUACAUCAUUACUACUUUCAUCCGUUGUUGUUGUUUCAACAAGAGUAAACAAUAUGAAAAGUAAACAAAAGAAAAGAAAAUACAAAUGUAAAGAAUAACUAAACUGCGGGCCGGGAUACCGGUCGUCUCGGCCCAACGGUGGUGGAGUCUGAUAUCUUUUGAUUGCUCUGGAAUUCCAAUGACUUUCCAACACAGUCAAUAUGGGUAAUUCAUAAAGAUUUUAUUUCUUUGAAAUUCUCAAAACUGAUAUUGUUAUGACAGAACCAUUUUGAGCAUUUUAAUGAUAUGCGUAAGAUUGAGUAAUUAAUAUAUUGUUUGUAAUUCUUGUUGUCUGUAUCUCAUUUCAGUCAAUGUAUUUGUCACAGUGGCCACGAAUAACACUGGAUUACAGUUUUUGAAUUCCCACUAUAAUUUCUCUGUACCUGAAGACCGGCCAGCAGGCACUGAGGUUGGGAUAGUAAAAACCAUUAUUGGAAACAGAGGAACAUCCUUAACAUAUUUUCUCAAGACUUACUUAGAAAUAUUUUCCAUUACCAACAAGGGCCAGAUCAUCACACGAGUCAUGUUAGAUCGAGAGAGCCAGAAUCGGUACAAUGUUAUUGUGGAAGCCACCGAUUCACAGGAACCUCCAAGUACAGCAGCAACAAUGGUAUGAUAUUCUUAGAUUAAAAAAAACCUUUAAUUUACCAAAUUCCUUGUAUAAUUUCUGUAUCGCAAGAAAUCAUUUUAUUUUCAUGUAUAGUCAAGGGAAUUUGCAGACAUAUAUAUUUUUUAAAUUCUUUAUUUUUGUAGUGCAAACAGAGUAACAUAGGAAUAGACAUAUUACCAAUACAUGUAACAAAACGUAUUCAGUUAAGUCCCGUAGGUAGCGCACUAUUUUUUUUUUAUGUUGUAAAACAAGCAGAUUAAAAAAAGACAUACAACGGCAUAGUGAGUGUGAGACUCCAGACUAUUAGAAACCAUUAAAUGCCAUGGACAGUGUAAUAGAGAAUGCAAAACAAAACACAUAGUUAUUAAGCAGAGUAGCUUAGUCAUACUUGUGCCCACCCGGGAUGCCCUUCUUACUUCUUAGGUUUAGAGGCAGUCCAGCAUCUAACAGAACACUAGGAUAUAAUGAGAAGGAAAAGCAUAACUAAUAUAGACUAUCAAAAGAGAGACAUAAAGGAAAGGCUUCUACAAUGUGGGACUGCUGUAAUUUGUUGUCGUCCAUCCUAUACCUUCCAGUGACAGUCUCAUUUGAGCCUAGUACACAGUUUCAUACCCCAUCUGAGUUGUUUCAGGUGUAAUGCCUUUUGUUAGGAGGUGAUUGGAAGCCAUGAUGCCUAGCAGUAUCCUGCCAACUGAUCCCUCAGUGAGGAAUAUUCCAAGAGUGGUCCCCCAGGGCCCAUGCCUGAGGAGUUACAGGGUGUGGAUCCCGCUGCAAGGGAGAAUGAGGGUGACUAUCGUCUUAGCUGGGUUCUCAUAGAGGUCGCACCUGCCUGCAUCGUAAUGGUCUGAAGCAAAAUCCUUUGGGGUAAUCUGUCUGGCAUAUGGUAGUGUUGUGCAGGUUACAUUUGCUGGUUUAGUCUCUUCCAGAACUCUGCAAAUAUCCGAUUAAGGUUGUCGAGGUUUGUGGUUCCUUUGUCACUGCAGUUAGGUGGGCAUGCUGCACCUGCCAUCUUAGAGUAGUAUGGGCUGUAGCAAACUCGAGAGUGGCACCCCCAUGGCUCGUAUGAGGAGGAAUAAGGCCUCCGCAGGUCUGGACCAAGAUUACCCCCACUGGUCCAGAGGGGGAGGGGGGCCGAGGCAGCAAGAGUAAGCUGGGUCCCGCAGCUGGCUAUCUGGAAGAGCGGCCGUCUCUCCUGUCAGGCACCUGCACUAGGCCUCACUAUGCCCCCUUUCAGAUUACAAGGUAAGUGUGGCAGAACCAACCUCGCCACUGGGCACUGGAGAAGCCUGGUUGCUUGCCUGCUCCCUCUGGACUAUGGCCCCAUGUUAAACGCUGUUCUUUUCCCCUUUAGAAAGGCUUGUUCGUGCCUUUCUGCCUGGGCGUUCGGUAGAUUGAAUCUACCGAACCAACGCACGAAUGGGGGGACCACCUGGGCAAGGAGUGUGCCAGUGAUUUACCUCCCAGAAGCUGCGAUUAACCGCAGCUUAAUUGGUGAACGCUGGGUGGCUGCUGUUCGUAUAACCGAACACGUGGCAGCGGCCAUCUUAAACUCCCGAACGGCCAGCGGUGUUCAGCUCCAAAUCUACGGAACUCAAAACGGACACUUAUUUGCACGAACACCGCUGAGCCGCCGACCUCCCUUCUCCUGCAAUUCAUAUGAACGCCGUCCGUUCGGUACUUUCCCUAUGUGAGCAGUGUUACCCCAGAUAGCUAUGCCAUGGAGCCCAUUCGUGUAACGAAAGACUAUGUGACAGACUUUGGCUCCAUGGCGAUUGAACUGUAUGUAUGUGAUCUGAGCGCCAUUCGGUAAUAAUGUGCGCUCAGAUCUAAGCUCUCUGGGGAUAUGUUGAAUGUAUAUGUUUUAUGUAGUAAUUGUAACACUGUGUAAUUUUUGUCUUUUUACUAACAUGUGGCUUAUGGAGUUUUGCCUCUGUCCUUGGAGAUUAUUGGAUUACUUCCCAAUUAUCUCCAGGAUAGAGAGGAGGGAUUGUAAUGUGCAUGUGGGAGUGGUUAAGGUUAAACUGUCCUGAUUGGUUACUGUCCAGUUUGUGUCCCAGUGUCCCCGAUGGGAGUGUCCCCCUGUUGGGAAACCUGCAUAAAUACAGGGCAGGUAGCCCAGAUUAAACAGAUCACUGCUUGACCCUCAAAACGAAGUGUCAUCUCGUUCUUGGGGGGGUUUGAUUGUAUGCUGUUACAGUUCGACUGCCAGGAGUGUAAACUGUUCGUAUGGUUUUUCCUGUUCGGCUGUUUACAGCAUUCGUAUGGUUCCAGUUCAGUAGUUUGAGAAUUUGUGUGUCUCCAGUUCGGGAGUUGGAGAAUUUGUGUGUUUCCUGUUUGGGAGAUUGGUGCUUGCAGUAGCUGCCUGUGUAUCUGGAAGGGAAUAUCCUCUAAACAGCUGUUUAACCCCUUCUGUGCCUGGGGGUGCCGUUACAGUUAGCUUGGGCAUCUGGUUAAUGUAGGUGACCUCACACAGCAGGAGAACAGCAAGCUUGAACCAUGGCUAAACAAGUGCCCUGUGAGGCAAGAAAUUCAGAGGUUUUCAGUGGCUAAGCAAGGAGCUCUGGUAAAAAUGUGUCCUGCCACCAUGAAGGUCAUGCCCCGCCCCUAAUUUGCAGACUUCUUAAACUAUUUAUCGAUAUAGAUUUAAACAUAUAGUUACAUGGCUGAAAAGAGACAUGUGGUCACCAAGUUCAGCCAUUCUCACAUCUGUUUUUGCUGUUGAUCCAAGAGAAGGCAAAAAACACAGUUUGAAGUGCUUCCAAUUUUGCAACAAGCUAGGAAAAAAUUCCUCUGUUUUGACCCACACACAUUAAUUAAAAAGUCUUCAGUGAUCUUUCCAAUUUCAAGAUUUCAGUCAAUAUUCUGUUAGGUCAACCUCAAUGCUAGUCUGAAUUCAUGAUCAUGUAGUGUUUAGGUAUGUUCUGAGUCCUACAGAGCAAAUGUGAAACUUAUCUCAAGUGUCUUUAAAUCAGGCUUGCCACUAUAAGAGAAUAUACUGUGUAUCCAGCCUCAGUGUAACAACAUCAAUGUAAUCAUACUAUAUUUUUUUCUUCUGUUCAGGUUACUGUUAUUGUGAUUGAUGUGAAUGAUAACAGACCAAUCUUUUCGCCAAUGGUUCAUUCAAGUGUCACAUGUAUAGAGAAUGAGAACUUCCUUGAUAUUGGUUUAAUCAGUGCCACUGACGUGGAUGUAGGAGACAAUAGUAUUGUGACUUACUCUUUGGAAAAUGAUUUUAACGGCAUCUUCUACAUAAAUUCCUCUACGGGGGAUCUGAUGACAAAAAAAGCUUUGGACAGAGAGGUAGCAACCUCUUAUGAUGUCACAGUGGUGGUGAGCACAAGGGGCCUUUACUUGAUUCAUUAACAAAUAUUUAAGGUUUUACUUGGUGGUAUUCUUUAAUGUUCACAAAGCAUGGGGUGUGCUAGGGUUCAUUUAACUACAUAGUAUUUUUAUAAGGCUUGUGCAAAUGAAUUGUGAUUCAUCCAAACUUUGGGUAAUCAACGGGUCAUCUGAAUUUCUUAACUCCGAAUCAUGAAACUAAUGAAACAAUAGAUGAACAAUUUUGUUUAAUUUGUGACUCAGAGUUCUGUUCAAAGUGCCAAAAAGAGAUGAUUAGAUGAUUAGUGAAAAAAGAUAAAUGAGGGUUGGGGACAGCACUUAAAUUUUGAUUGUAUUCACAGAUCAAGUGACAAGUGACCAACAGAGGGAAAAAAAGGAAUAGCAGUAAAAAAAAAUCUAUAUUUAUUAAGGAUGUGCAUGGGCAAAAAAUUUGGUUCAGUUUGUCACUUCCGAAAUUCGGGACUUUGGCAAUUCGGGACUUUGGCAAUUCGGGACUUCGGCAAUUCGGUUCAGCACUUCCAAAAUUCGGUACUUGGGCAAUUCCCUACCCCUAAUUCCUAACCCUACACCUAACCUCAACCCUAACCCUUCUCCUAACCCUACCAGGGUUAGGGCUAGGGGUAGAGCUAGGGUUAGAUUCCUGGCAUCAUUCCCUUAAUUUUCCCUCCCUCUCCUGUUUUGUCACUUUUCAGAAAUCCGAAGCACUUCGGCAAUUCGGUUCGGCACUUCAGCAAUUCGGGACUUCGGCAAUUCGGUUCAGCACUUCCGAAAUUUGGCACUUCUGAAAUUUGGGUAUUCGGAAGCAUCCGAAUGUCCGAAUUGCUGAAGUUCGGCCGAAUUUACAUUCGCAACGAAACAAAUUGCACGUCUAAUAUUUAUAUUACAUAUUUCACUUGAUCUGUGAAUCCAGUGAAUCAGUACAAUGCAAAAUGUAUACAUAAUAUUAUCUUAUUUUUUCGUACUCUUUUGGUUUGUCCAAACCGUUUUUCCUGAAUUGUUUACAUGGAUGAAAUUUGUCCGAACCAAAACAUAAUAUGGGCAAAUCUUGGGUCACCCAAACUGAUUUUUUUUUUUUUUCAGACGGAUUGAUUCGGCCAAGCCAAAUUUUUUUCACUAUGCACAAAUCUAAUAUUUAUAUUUGUGAAAAUCACAAUAAGCAUGCUAUUCAGAUGAGGUGUCUAUGAAUGGUCACAUUGCAGCUAAAAGAGGAAAUAGCUUUAAGAUUAGAAAAUGUCCUUUCUCUUACUAUAGAAACCGUUGUCAUCAAUGAUCAGAAUAUUUUAAGUACUUUAUUUAGUAAAAGGCUGAAAUGUAAGUGAAGAAAAUCCCUCACUCACAAAAAACAUGUAGCCGCAACUCCAAAAUUAAAUAAGCAUGGAUAUCAUACUUAUAGCAGCUCAAUAGGUGCAAUAACAAAUGAUACUUCACACAGGACAAGUUUGUUGAUCUGCACUCAUAGAGAAUCCCCAAAAAUACAUCAGGAAGAAAUCAUAGAAAAAAUGCACAUUUAUUGAACAUAUGGCAAGAUAGUCCUCAUGUAUGAGUAGUCCUCAUGUAUGCUGUAUUGGUUCAAGCAUGUGAAAAUGAAAAAAUAAACGUUGUGAGUGAACACAGUAUAAAAAGUCCAAACCCUGAGCAUAGGACCACCCGCACACUCUGCACACAGCAUUUAACUUUUACCAACAGCCACAGCAUUCACACCGUGUGCUCUGCACUCACACCCUGUACACAGCAUUCUCUCAAUACACUCUACAUUCAGACUCAGCCAAGCAGGAAACUGAGUGUAACGGAGCUCCCUGUACCCAUGGCUGGGUACCUCCGCCAAGGACCGCUUCCUAGCUGGAACAGGCGACAAACCUCAGCACUUCUGCCCACAGUCGCCGUGGCUUCACUGGGGUCCUGGAAUCGCUCCCUCCUGGAGCCAAAUGGGAACUUGCUCCAUCCACCCCCAGGCACUGGACGACACAUUCUUGGGAGCUCUAGUCCUUACAAGGACUUUCCCCAUUGAAUCCUCCACACUGGAACAGUGAUUAGCUCUUUCCCCUCUCAGUAACCAGACAGGACAUAGUUCUGGGAGUACAAGCUGAAAUCGUGUAAUCUGGCCAGAUGGUCUGCUUUUAUACAUUUCUGAACACAGGCAAGCACGCCCAUGACACUCCCACACAAAACAGGAUAAUCCCUCCCAUAUGCCAGGGAGAUUAUUGAGUCAGGAAUUGUACAAAACUCAAUUAUCUCCAGGCACAAAAAACACACAUUUCACAGACACUCCAAAAGUACCUUCAACUACACAAAACCCCCACAAAAGUUAGCCCUGAUCUGGGUGACCAACAUAUCCAAAAAUCACCCAGAUCGGUUCAGGUUUUUCAUGGAAGUCAAUUAUUUGACCGACUGUACACAUGGUCCUAUGCCAAAAACAGUUCCAUGAAAUCAUGGCUAGCGGUCAGUCUAGUUCGAUAGUUUAAAAGAACAAACUACCGAACAUAGUCUUACCCUGGAGCUUGUUCACCUUGUUCGUGGGAACGUUUCCACCAAACACUGCCCUUCUAAGUUGUGUAGAACCGAACGCAGGCGAUCAUGGAAGUCCAGCGGUGUUCUGGAGUUUCAGUGUCCAUUUUCAGUUCCAUGAAUUUGAUGAGCAAACAUCGCUGCCUGCAUUUAUGUGAACAAGAUGGCCGCCACCUCGUAGUUGUUCACUCGAAUAGCGGCCACCCAGACGAACAAUUAGAACACUGCGUUGGGACGUGUUACAAACUGUCAAUUAGGCUUAACAAGCUCCCGGGUGAUUCAUGGUUCGUGCGCCUGUUCGGUUCCCAAACAGAAUAGAGAAAGCGAAACCUGUAAAAGACUGUUUAACCAAGCCAGUUAAACAGCCUUUUACAGGUUUCCCUGCAGGGCCCAUAGUCUGUGGGCAGGAGGCUGGCAAGCAGGCUCCUCCUGGAGCACGUGGCAAACUCAAGUGGGAAGGGAAGUUUGUCAUACUGAGCUUUCAGGUUUCUGGGAUGAAAAUCUGGCCCUGUACACUGCCCACUGUUGAAUGGUUAUAUAACAAAUUUCAGGCCAGCUGAAACACUUUAUAUUUUCACAACUGCAAUACUUAGUUAGCUUAAAAAGAGGGGGUACAUGAGAGAUUCAUGUACCAAGCCUAGAAGCCCUCAGUCACACUAUAACAUUAACUACUACUACAUUAUCUACUUCCAUCACAAAGAAAAUUUCCUUUCCUGUCUCCUUAUCAAAAGCCAACUGAUUAAGAUCAAUCAAUGAUUCCGGUAUAUAUAAUUCUGUUUCUAGACUAUUGUGAGUUAACAUUGUUUGUGACACUUUUCACAGCUGUGAUAUUACAAUUUCUUUUUGCUCAGGCUAAGGAUUUGGGAAGCCCGCCACGCUCAUCCACAAAACGCAUCCACAUUACAGUCGAGGAUGUCAAUGAUAACCCUCCAAUCUUCAAUGAAAAAUCAUUUGCAGUCACAGUAAAGGAAAAUGAGCCUCCACAAUUGGUAUUUCUACAUAUGAUACGUUCUAAAAAAUCCUAGAAUUUUUUGGUAAAUGUAUCUCUCCUUCUCUGCAAAAUGUUUCUCUACAUAUACCAUCCUUCAUGAAUAUAUAAAAUUCUAAAUGUGCUUCUAACAUGUAGAUUUUUUUUUCUGCAUUGGUUUUUUUAGCUGUUGAAUAUUUCUGCCAUGGAUAGGGAUACGGGAUAUAAUGCCCUUAUUUUAUAUUCCUUUACAAGAGCGACGCCUCUGUUUUACAUUGGACAUUAUUCCGGCAGUAUCUCCAACCUUCAGCCUUUGGACUAUGAAACAGCAAUGGAACAUGUGCUUAAAGUGAUAGCAUACAACCCAACUGAUUCUCAACUGCGUGGUACAGCAACCGUCACUGGUAAAACUGCCAUGAUAUUUUGUACCCAUGUCAUCUUGUUUGUACAAACAAAAUAAAAGUGUUACCUGUGCACACAUUGCUAAAUAAUAAAAUACUCAAAUGGGCACUCUCUAUUCCUAAAAAAAACCCCAAAUUUUUCUGCUCUUUAUUGUUAUUGCUACUGUAAGGAAUAAUGUGCAUUUCAUAAACAUUUUCUGGGAACAUUUGAUUUAAAUUGAUAUCGUUUCAAGGUCCAAACACUUAAAGAGAGAUUAUGCUCUAGAAAAAAAUACUUAAAGAGACACUGUUGUCACCAGAACAACUACAGCUUAUUGUAUUUGUUAUAGUGAGUAGAAUCAUUCCCUACAGGCUUUUUGCAGUAAACACCGUCUUUUCAGAGAAAAAGCAGUGUUUACAUUAAAGCCUAGAGAUAACUUCACUGGCCACUCUUCAGAUAGCUACUAGAAGUGCUUCCUGGGGCAGUGCUGCACAGUGUGACUGACAUUCAUUGUCUCCACCCUCUGCAUGGAGACACUAACUUUCCUUAUAGAGAUGUAUUGAUUUAAUUCAAUUGAUUCAAUAUUCGUUUUGUUGUAUCAGUAAUGUAUUUUUUGUAAAGAAAGAUAUAUGAAUCUGCCUGGGUGUCCUCUCCUAAUGCUGUGUGCCUGGCUUCCAACAAUUGAGAUCACUCAGUUCUGUUAGUUGCUGAGCCAUAUACUCACACUAAUAUGGAAUUCUGGGAUGAGUGUAGUACCGAAUACAGAUUGCUCUCUCAAUUCAAUGUGUUAAGUAAGAUGUUUUUAAAAAUCUAAUUUGCCUAUGGAAUCAUUUUAAUAUUUGCAAAGGAUUUGGAUGGUGAGCAGGCAACCGUCUACAUGUCUUACAGUGGAGGAGCUCUAUCUGCGUGUCCAUGUUAAAAAUGGACAAUAGUAUAUUUUUAUAGUAUAAUGUAUAUUGAGGGAGAAAGUAAAAGGGACGCUUCAAAUAAAUAGAAAUUCAAAAUGCAAGGAAGCAUGAAAAGUGUCUGUAUUUUGCUAUUUGUUAUUGUUUGUGCCUUGUGUUUCUUUCACAGUUAAUGUAGAAAAUGUGAAUGAAGUGGGACCAAUACUUCAACACAUAACAUACAACAGAAUAAUUAAGGACAACGUUGCCUUUUCGGGACUGCUUAUUUGUGAUAUAAAUGCAACUGAUGAGUACGGUGCUGUUGACCAAGGAAUACAUUAUUCUAUCAUAGGUAACUGAGUUGGAAUGCAUAUUAAAGGGAAACUCCAGUGCCAGGAAAACAAGCCGUUUUCCUGGCACUGCAGGUCCCCUCUCCCUCCCUCCCACCCCCCAACCCCUGGUUGCUGAAGGGGUGAAAACCCCUUCAGUAACUUAUCAGAGGCAGUGACCAUGUCCCACGUCGCUGCUUCUCCCUCUGCCGCUUCUCCUAGUGAAUGCGUCGGCCAGUGGGUGAGACUGAUCCCGCCCACCGGCCAGGGAGACCUAAUGUGCAUGCCAGGCAAUGCCGCACAUGCGCAUUAGCGCUCCCCAUAGGAAAGCAUUGAAAAUGCAUAUCAGUGCUUUCCUAUGGGGAAAUGAGCGACGCUGGAGGUCCUCACACAGCGUGAGGAUUUCCAGCGACGCUCUAGCACAGGUUUCCUGUGCUAUGAUCCAGGAAGUGCCCUCUAGUGGCUGUCUAGUAGACAGCCACUAGAGGUGGAGUUAACCCUGCAAGGUAAUUAUUGCAGUUUAUAAAAAAACUGCAAUAAUUACAGUUGCAGGGUUAAGAGUAGUGGGAGUUGGCAGAAGUGGUCUGGAUGCCUGGAGUGUCCCUUUAACACAUUUGAGUCAGUUUGAGAACAUAUGGGCCAUUGCAUGGAACCCUUUUCCAAAACAGUUAGAACAUAAAUGAAGUAAAAGUAUCACAGUGUCCAGGACAUGGUGAUAACACUGUCCAUUGAGGAAAAGUCGCUGUUGAUUAGAUGUUUAAAGAGACAGAUUAAACACCAAAAUAGCUUAACUUAAAGGGUUACUGCAACCACCAUGACAACUUCAGUGAUUUGAACUGGUGAUGGAGGUAGGAGUAUGUUUGUGCAGUGUUUCUGCUUGAAACACUGCACAUGCUGAGAUAUUUUUCAAUAGAUGCACCCCCCUCACAUGUGACAUUGGCAGCCCAGAACUCUGUUCCAGACUGCCUAAUGUCAAUUCUGUGCAUAAAAAAAAGUCUGUUAUCAGCAUGAAUGUGAACAUCUUUCCCAUGCAGGCAGAGUGCCUGAAGUAAAAUAUUGCUUCCCCCUCCCUCUCAUUGUGUGCUACCUCCCGCCUCUCUCCGUUGCACAUUGUUUUUUUUUUUUUUUCUGGGAUUAUUUUUUUUUAAACCCUCCCUUGUUCCUCUCCUCUCCCUUCCCUUGGCACAUGUCCUCUGAGCUGAUGAAUUGGUCCAAUCACAGAAUCACAGGCUUCUCUAUGUGAAGUCUUUGAUUGGACCACGCAAGACCCCAGUGAGGUCAGAGGGAUUGUGGAAGUCAGUUUUUCAAGUUAAUUAAAAUAUGUUUUAUUGCAUCUUUUACUGCAGGGGGAAAACCAUAUAUACAGCAUAGUAACCAGAAGGGCAUGUUAAAAUGGUUGUAGUAACACUUUAAUUGAGUGGUUUUGGUUUAUAGAUCAUGCCCCUGCAGUGUAUCUGCCUAAUGGCAUUUGGGAGUUAAAUUAGUUUGUUCAUGCAGCCUUUGUCACAAUUUCCCUGCAAAUGACCCUGCACAGCUUUCCUAAACAAUUCCUGUAAAGAGAGAUCUAAUAUUUAAACUUUAUUUAUGGUACAUUCUGUUUUAUUUAGAAUUUCUUACCUCAUGCUCUGUAAUCAGCCUGCUCGAACCAGCAGAAUUAUUUUAGAGUUCAAUUAACAGAGCAGAAGAUAUACACUUCUAAAGUAAACACACUGUGGUUCAAAAUGAAAUCUUUUUUUAUGUUAGCUGUGCGAGUUACAGCCAGGGGAGGUGUGGCUAGGGCUGCAUAAACAAAAACAAAAGUGAUUUAACUCUUAAAUGGCAAAGAAUUGAGCAGUGAGAAUGCAGAGGCAUGAUCUAUACACCAAAAACACUUCAUUAAGCUAAAGUUAUUUUGGUCCUUAGAGUAUCCCUUUAACUUCCAAAUGGUCACUUUUCCUUAUUAAAAAUGUGCUAUCAAAGACACUCAUAUGUGUUUUUAUACAUUUUUAUAAAAGUAUAUUGUUGAUAAAUGAUAUAUAAAUUUUAACAUAAGUACGAUAUUUUGAGCAAAAGUGCAUCUACUCUAUUGUUAGUGAAUUUUUAUUUAAUGUCUGAUUAAUCAGAUGUUUCUUUCUAUAGAUGGUAACAGUGAGGGAUUGUUUGUCAUCUCUAAUUCCACUGGUCACAUCUUUCUUAUAAAAGAUUUGCCAAAACAUAGGACUACGGUGCCCUAUAUAUUGACUGUCAAGGUCAUGGAUAGUGGAGUUCCACCUCUGUCUGCCUUUGUUAAGGUAAAUAGUUUAUUAAAUGUUGACCUGAUGUAUUUAGCUAUAGAUACCAUUAUUACCAAUUGUAUUGGUACAUAUUUUAUCAAGCUAAGUAAAUUUUACCAAAAUUUCUCUAUUUCCAAUCACAAUAAUUUAAAUUAACUCUCUAGCAUUGGGAAUACAAACAUGUAUUCCUAACAUUAGAGUGCUAUCUCCACUUUUUAGAUCGAGAGCUCCCUUAAAUUAUUUUAAUAACUAUGUUUCACUUAUCCUUAUUUCACGUAUCCUUUGAUCUCUGCUGAUGAUCUUAGCCAAUUCAAUGCUUUCCCAUAGGGAAGCAAGGAGGGCUAGUGCACAUGUAUGCCAAUCACAGCCCAGUACCAAAAAGCAUCUUCUCAUAGGACGCAGUGCAUCUCUAUAGGCAGCCUUCAGUAUCUUCAUGCAAAGUGUAAAGACGCUGAAUGUCGGUACUGUAAAGAUUGCAGGACCCGACCAGGAAGCUAAUCUAGUGACUGUCUGAGUGGUGCUUAGAGUGUUCCAUUAACCUUUUCAUCCACAAUAAUUUACUCUAACAGAUAUAUUUAAAGGAACACUCUGGGUACCAUAACAACUUCAUAUCAAUUAAAUUAUUAUGGUGCCUGGAGGUCAUGGAUGAUAUCUUCCCUUAAAUGGUUUGGGAAAAGUUUAAACCAAAGUUGUGUAGAUGGUACACAUCUGCUUUGCCUUUCUUCUUCCAGCCAAGUCCUCAUCUUCAUUGAGAAAACUGUGUGAGAAAUCCCCUAUAAUUAUGACUUACAUAUGGGCGAGUUAAAAUCAGUGGGCUCCACAUGUUUCAUGAAAAGUGAUUGUGAAUAACUGGAUAUUGUUUCUUAUUUCCAUAAGGUGUAUAUAACAAUAGUUCCAAGCAAUAUUAGUUUUCCAGUAUUCUCAACGGAUAUCUACAGACCGGAUCCUGUGAGUGACAAGGCUUCACCAUCUACCUUCCUGGUACAGGUCUACGCUCUUUACCCUACUUUCCUUCUCUAUAACAUAACAGCCGGCAAUGACAAAGGUAAUGCUACUCUCCUUCUCCACCACAUAAUCCUGUUCAAGGACUUGGAAUUUCGCAGGCAGUUUAUACCAAACAACCAUGGGAUGCCUUAAGGAGCUAAAUAUCUGAAAAUAAUUUCACUCGUAAAACAAGGGGAGGUUAAAAAAUGCAUCUAAAUGUGCCUUGCUUACAGGCUCAACUGUUCAACCUGACAUUUAAAAAGAGGAGUUAUGAGGAGCUGUUGAAGUUGAGACAAGGUCCAAAGACCAAGAAAGAUUUCUAAUAGACUUGAUCAUAGACUCAUCGGAAAAACAAAACAAAUCCCCCAAUAUUACUGCAAAGGACGUGCAGAAAGACUUAGCUGGCACUAGAUUACUUGUCCAUUGGUCCACCAUGAUAUAGUGGCAAGUGAAUGCACUGUAACACACACACAAUCCAGGUUCAACCUCUCACACGCACACACAGUGGACCUCUCUCUCAUGCACACACACAAACACACAUAAAUAAUUGCCUUGGGCAUCUGGUGAUAUUGAGUCUGGAGUGGGAGCAGAAGCAAACGCUGCUUUUUUUGAUGCAUGCACAUGACUCCUAGUGUUUCACUAUGUUUAAACCACUUACAUUGACAAAUAAUUCCAGUAUAAUUGACUACUUUGUCUACUUUGAUUAGAUUACUUUAACAUGGAACCAGUAACUGGUGUCAUAACAACAAAGAUGGCUUUGCAGAAGGAAGACUUUCCGAGAGAUAUAACGAUAAUGGCUGUGGAUCCAAAAAAUGUCAGCAUAUUUAGUCAAGCUCAAGUUCACGUGUCUGUGAAAGAUGACAAUAGUUUUACACCUGUUUUCCCUAACCCUCUGGUAGAACUGACAAUUAAAGAAGUAAGAAAAUCAAUUUAAUUUAAGAAUAUAUGUUUUCAAAAGUGUUUUUUGUUGUUGUUUUUUUGCCACAAUCUAACAUAUGCUGGACAUUACAUUUAUAAUUUGCAAAAAGUAGUGAAGUAGUCCUGCAUGUAGCUCUCAACCAUAGUAGAGUAAACAUGCCAGAACGUAGGUUUUUUAUGAAAGAAAAAAAAUUGCAACACAAAAGAAGAAAUCAUGCAAAGUUUAAAAAAAAGAAUGUGCUUGAAUAAAAUAGGAGAAACUGUAAGCAGUGCCAACAGAUAAAACGUACAGCUCCCAAAAGAUAAGCUACUGAAGAGAAAACUAAUUAGGAGCUUGGGAUGGGAUGAGAAUGAAAAACAGUAUUGUGAUUUAGAUAAUAAGUCGAUGAGAAAAUGGCAACAGGGAAAAGAGAGCAAGUAGUUAAAAAGAAAAACAUAAGAAGGAGUAGGUCAAGCACAAACCAAUAAUGUGAUGAAACCAUCAUAGUCGGAUACUCAAGUAACUGCUGCCUCCAGAGGGAGUUGUUCCACUUGUAUAAAUAGAGUGAUUUGAGAAGGAGCCUAUCAUUGUACAGUAGGUCCAUUGGGCCUUGUAUUGUUGAUAAGAGAGUCCAGGCUGAGGCCUAGUUUCCCCAGAACAGCAUCCUUCUCUGAUUUGUCUGAUAUUUGAGGCUCCCUGUCAUUUAGUGUAAUGAUUAAUGAUCAUGGAAUUCCCACGGUUUUGCAAACUAUGGGAAAAUAGGGAUUGCUUGAGGGGGUGAAGUUAUCUCCAACAGAGUACAGUGGAUCUAGAUAAGUCAGUGAAGAAAGUGAGAUGCAUCACCCCAAAUGAAAUGGAGGUUGAGGCCGGCGACAGAUGUAAUCCCAUUGUAUUCUCCUUGCUUGUUUGUGGGAUAAUAAUUUUGUGAGAAGUCUACAUCGUAAAUGACACAGUUCGACCAAGCCUCUAGAUCAGGGGUUCUCAACCCAGUCCUCAGGACCCCCUACCAGUCCAGGAUUUGGGGAUUACCUGGGUGUGUCUCAGGUGUUUAGAAAAAGGGGGAAAAAACACCUUAGACUCUAAGGUGUUUUUUUUUUCUUUUUCUAAACACCUGAGACACACCCAGGUAAUCCCUAAACCCUGGACUGGUAGGGGGUCCUGAGGACUAACGUUGAGAACCCCUGCUCUAGAUGAUAUUCCAACAUGGUAUCGCCCUUUUGUAGAUCAUGAAUAGUUUUGUCCAGCUUGCAAAGUUUAGUACCCUGGGACAUUAUGGUCUUCUCCACACAGGCAAGUCUGGUAGAGAACCCUUUAAUAUUUUUGUGCAAUUGAAGAAACGUGAUUAUGUACGUACAAAUCCUCUAUAACAGCUGCUCUUUUGAGGAAUCUGUGAAGUCUUUGAUAUCCAACACCAUAUUGGGCUCUCCUUCUCCAUGGAGCCUCUGUUACAAAUCUCUAAUAUCUACAUAAUAAUGGGGCCAAUCUUGUUUUGGCUUUUUGGCUUUGCAUAAUUGUUUCCCAUGGUCAAUAGGCCUUUACAGGAGCGAAGGUAUGAGAAACAAAUUACAGUUUAUGCUUAAAUCCCAGUAGUAGUAAUGCUCAUAUGUGAGAACUGCAGACUUGCGACUGCAAAAGUUGGGUGCCAGCUCCGCCCCCACAAUGAAGCAUGAAAUUCAAUUUCAAGGGAAUGAACUGGCAUUGACUUUAAAACAAAUAGUGAAUGAAAGACAAAAAUAGUAAAUGAAACACUAAAUUAAAGGGUUACUCCAAUCACCAUGAUUACUUCAGUGGUUUGAAGUUGUCAUGGUGUCUGGAGUUUGUUUGUGGAGUGUUCCAUAGCAAAAACACUGCACAAUCAGACUCAAAUUAUGUCAUCUAACCAAGUUAAAGUAAAUUUAAUUAGAAUGGCUACUUACCUGACAGUUUUUAAAUAUGUAGGUAAUGAUCAUAAAACCAUAUCAUAAUAUUCAAGCUCUCAGUGCUAAUAAUAAAGUUUGCUUGACCAUAUUUUUAAAUUGAAUCCUCUUUAAUAUAUAAAAGUCAAAUCUUGUAGAUACCAGGUUACCCAUCCUGAAGAUUAAUGUAUAGUUUUUAAGGAAUUUUUAUAGAAGAGAAGCUAUAGUAGGGGAUGGCUGUGCAUCACAACUGGCCAUACCUCCCAACUUCUGCCCUCAGAAAGUUGGGACGAGUAGGCGGAGUUCUGAGGGGCUGAGCCUUAUCACAAAUGAUGCCGCCAAUGGGCAGGGCUGCCUGGAAAAGGGACAGUCUCAUCUGAAAAGGUGGUGGUACAGUCUCAUCUAA